AUGGAAAGCGGUGGCAACACGUCGAACUAUCCGUACCAUUUCUCGAAUAUGGCCAUGAUGAACAAUAGUGUUUUUUGUCGGAACUUCAGCGAUAACAUGAGUUUGGAUGCCAAAUGUGAGAGAACAGACAAUCUGGCCAAAGAUUCGACACCAGUGAUCAUCGCGAUUAUAAUCACGACUCUUUACUCUAUUGUGUGUGUGCUUGGUCUGGUGGGAAACGUGCUCGUCAUGUAUGUCAUUAUCAGAUACACUAAAAUGAAGACCGCCACAAAUAUCUACAUCUUCAACCUGGCCUUGGCUGAUGCACUAGCCACCAGUACGCUGCCCUUCCAGAGUGUCAACUUCCUGAUGGGGACCUGGCCGUUUGGAGACGUGCUGUGCAAGAUAGUGAUAUCCAUCGACUACUACAACAUGUUCACCAGUAUCUUCACCUUGACUACAAUGAGUAUUGACCGUUACAUUGCAGUGUGCCACCCCGUCAAGGCCUUAGACUUCCGCACGCCCCGUAACGCGAAGAUUGUCAACGUGUGCAACUGGAUCCUGUCUUCUGCCAUCGGUCUACCUGUCAUGUUCACCGCCUUAACUACUGUAACCGAUAACGGAAUCAUCGACUGCACUUUGAUCUUCCCCCACCCAUCCUGGUACUGGGAGAAUCUUCUGAAGAUCUGCGUCUUCAUCUUUGCCUUCAUCAUCCCCGUCCUCAUCAUCACCGUGUGCUAUGGGCUAAUGAUCUUGCGCCUGAAGAGCGUGCGCAUGUUGUCCGGCUCCAAGGAGAAGGACCGCAACCUGCGCCGCAUCACCCGUAUGGUCCUGGUGGUGGUGGCCGUCUUCAUCAUCUGCUGGACGCCCAUCCACAUCUACGUCAUCAUCAAAGCCCUUAUCAAUAUCCCCAACUCCCUGCUGCAGUCCGUCACCUGGCACUUCUGCAUCGCUCUGGGCUACACCAACAGCUGCCUGAAUCCCGUCCUCUACGCCUUCCUGGACGAGAACUUCAAGCGCUGCUUCCGCGAGUUCUGCAUCCCCUUGAGUCCUUCGAUGCUGGAGCUGCAGAAUUCUUCUCGUACCCGCCACCACCACCACCACCAACACGAGCACCACUCCAGCGCCAACACGGUGGAGAGGUCCAAUCAAGAGGUAUGACUAGGUAUGGAGAUGUUGUCGUUAGACUCAUGCUGCCAGCCCAACGACGACAUGAUCUCGGAAGUCACCCAGGUAACCACGGUGCUCUGACACAAAGCUCUGACACGUAAUGCGCCAAGAUGCUGAAAUGCAACGUGGCGUGAGCCUCUAUGUUGCUGUCGCCUCUUUCUGGCAAGGCUGACAAAUAUUUGAAUGUAGAAUAGCGCUCAGCGUAAGGCUUUCUGUCAGGUAGCAUUAUUAAAAUGUUGAACUUUGGGCUGAACACUGAAAUGAACCAACAUCAGCUGUUAUGUACACAGUAGGCUAUCCUUUUAGACUGGUAUACUGAACAUACUGAAAAUUAUAAAUUGGCCAUGUUUUGAAGUUGUACAUUGUUUGUUUACAAUGACAUUAUUGUUUGCUUCAAGAGUCAAUGGCUAUAUAUCAUUAAUUUAAAAGUCAGAAAAUGGAUGUAGCCUACCAAUCACAGACUGCAGCUUUAAAGCUGUGUAUAGCUGCUUUUAUAUGCUAUAUGAUCUGUGCUAAAUUGUUAUGUAUUGUAUGUGUAUGUGAAUUGCCUUUAAUGUAGCCCUGCAAA